CCCCGCCGCUUCCCCAGGGCCCCUAUAAUCCUCCAAUCCCAACAACAAACAGCUGGCCGCUUUCAAACUUGUCCAACCUGCGAGCAACACUGUUGUAAUUGAAUGACUCAGCUUCUUUAACCAGCGCGAUAGGAAUCCCGACAGAGACACCAAAGAGUCAUGUCAAGUCAGAGCAACGACGGAAUCCCGCUGUCGCACGGCCCAGACACAGCCGGCUAUAAGCUGCUGGAGCUGCCGCCCGAGCUGCUGGAACUGCUCGAAAGCCCUGACGCUCCAACCCUCACCCUCCACUCCUCCCCGACAACCGCCCUGCUCAAGGUCCCCACGACCAACAAGACCUACUCCCUCCGGCAAAAGAACACGUCCAACGCGCUCAUCCUGCUGUCGCCGACACAAACACCACCGCCACAACCAUCCACUCACCCCGACCCCGCCCACCAUGACGGCCAUGAUGAUGGCAACGACGGGACCAGUCCGAGCGGGAUGGAGACAUAUCCCGCCGCGGCCGGCCUGACGGCGAUCGCGACGGUGCACGAGACGAUCGAGCUCGUGCCCGUGGCGGAAACUGACGUUGCGGGCGGUGGUGGUGCCGGUGCUGGUGGUGAGGCCGGGUUGCCGAAGGCGAGGGGGAAGUGGCAUGAGAAGUUUGGGCGGGGACGGUAGGGGGGAGGCAGCAACAGAGGAUAAAAGGGAAGAUGGCCUGGUAGGUAGCAUGAUGGGAAAGGGAGUGGGUUGGGUUUGGGAAAUGG